AUGCCCACCGAGAUCGCCCACCCACGACAACGACAGACCGCCACAGCCCUGUACAAUGCAUCCUGGUGUCUGGGCGCAAUUAGCUCCGCGGCCGUCACGUAUGCAACCAUCGGCAUAGAGAACAGUUGGUCUUGGCGGGUUCCUUGUCUGCUGCAGAUAUCAUAUCCGUUAUUCCAGAUGCUGGGGUUACUCGUUUUUGUGCCCGAAAGCCCGAGAUGGCUUGUAUCCAAGGGCCGCAAAGACGAGGCUCUGGCUAUUCUGGGGAAGUACCAUGCGAACGGAGAUACGGACGACGAGUUGGUGCAGUAUGAGUAUCGCUUGAUUUGCAGCACGAUCACCGCCGAGAUCACCAAUGCGACAAACUGGGCCACGUUCUUCUCGUCCAAGGGCAAUAUGCAUCGACUGGCGAUCUGUGUGUUGGUGGGAUUGAUGCAGGAAUGGGCAGGAAAUGGUCUCCUAUCCUACUACCUCGCACCUAUCCUCUCAUCAGUCGGAAUAACCAAAGCAGCCGACCAAGCAGCCGUGAACGUAAGCCUGAACAUUUGGAAUUUCCUACUCUCAGUCGGUGGCGCACUUGCCUCAGAGCGAUACGGCCGCCGCGUCCUCUGGCUCAUUUCCACCGAGGCCAUGAUUGUCUUCUUGUCCGUGUCCACGCUAGCCGCUGGUCUAUUCGCCGAACGGCACCUUCCUGCAGCUGGCGUUGCAGUUGUUCCGCUGCUGUUCCUCUUUCUCGGCGCAUACGAUAUCGCGUAUGCGCCUCUGUUCCUCUCGUAUCCGGCGGAGAUUUUACCCUUCCAGCUGCGGGCUAAGGGGAUUGCUGUCACGCUGUCGGUGGAUGCUGUAGCAUGUUUCUUCAAUCAAUAUGUUAACCCCGUGGCGUUUACGGCGAUUGCUUGGAGGUAUUAUUGUGUUUUUGUUGGGUGUCUGGUUGUGUUUUUGGGACUUAUUUAUUUCCUUUUCCCUGAGACGAAGGGGCGGUCUUUGGAGGAGGUUGCGGUGAUAUUUGAUGAGAAUGAUGUAAAUGAGAAAAAGACGCGAGGUAGAUAG